CUCAAGAUUUUGGCGAAAAAUGCGAAAAGCAAGGAGGAAAUGGCCAGUCGCACCCCUUGUAAAACCCUUUGAAAGGCGGCGAGCGAGAGAGAGAGAGAGAGAGGGCAACAGGGAGAGUGGGACGGGAACAGAGUCACCCCUUUGCCCUCUGAACCGCCUACCUGCUUCGUACCGCCUCGGCUGGCCGCUCGGGUUCGCCAUUUUCAACUGAAUGGAGCGUCGGCGCAGCCUGCGGACUGCAGGGUAUAAAUUCAGAGGGUUCCGCCGAGAGGAAAUCAGUUUGCGUUCGACAUCGUCAGCGUGAAAGCAUAGCAAGUAUAGCAAGAGCAGAGCUAGAUCGUCAGCCCACACAGCUAUCAAUUAGUUGGAUUACAAGCGAAGAAACCACAAACCCCAAACACCAUGCUAAUGCACGAGAAACUCAUGGCUGGGCAGUUCUUCGAUCUCAAGACCGAUCGCAAGCCCUUGCUGCACCACCACCAGUACCAGCACCACCAGACGCACCACCAGCAGCAGUCGCUGCACCACUUGCCGCACAGCCAACUGCCGGUCCAGGGGUCCUUGGGCCUGCCCAAAAUGGAUCUGUAUGCCGCCUACGCCUACCAGCAGCAGUUGUUGGGGGCUGUGGUCAGCCAGCAGCAGCAGCAACAGCAGCAGCAGCAGCAACAUCAGCACCAGCAACAUGCCCCGCCAGCUGAGGUCCUGGAUCUCUCCCGGCGCUGCGACAGUGUGGAAACUCCCAGGAAGACCCCGUCGCCCUACCAAACCAGCUACAGCUAUGGCAGCGGUUCCCCCUCGGCCUCGCCCACCAGCAGUCUUCUAUACGCCGCUCAGAUGCAGCAGCAGCAGCAGCAACAGCAGCAACAUCAGCAGCAACAGCAGCAGCAACAGCAGUUGGCCUCGCUGUACCCCGCUUUCUACUACAGCAACAUCAAGCAGGAGCAGCCCACGCCCGCUCCUGCCCCGCCCAAGGUGACGCCGACCGCCAGCCUUCUUCAGACGUUUGCUGCCGCCUCUGCUGCUGCCGCCGCAGCUGCUGCUGCCUCCUCGACCCACUCGCCGCGCCCAGCCAGCAAUGCCAGCACCAUGCAGAUCGACGUCCUGGAGAAUCCCCAGUCGCCGGCCGUUGAGGCCACCACGCCAACCACCUCCAGCGGCGGGGAGGCGGGCAAGAACACCCGCCCCUUCAAGGCCUUCCCGCGGGAUCCCCUGGUCAUUGCGGCCAACUUCGCGGCCACCGACGUCCUUCUGGACAAUCCGCGGGUGGAGCGCUACACGGAGUACCGCAAGAGGGUCCUCGAGCAGAUCCGCAGCUCCAACGGAGGCUCGCGCACUGUGACCAACCCCAAGAUGCGGAGGACCAACUCCAGGAGUGGCUCCGUGAACGAAGGCAGCUCCUCGAACAACAACAGCGAGAGCGAGGAUCGGGCUGCGGCCGAGGAGUCCAGCGACUGCGACUCCCAGGCGGGCAACUUUGAGGGCAAGUCCAACGCCAGCAACUCCAUAAGUGCGGCCAACACUGCUGGGACCAAUCCCGGAGUGAACUCGGGCAGCCAGGUGAAGGAUGCUGCCUACUAUGAGAGGCGUCGCAAGAACAACGCCGCCGCCAAGAAGUCGCGCGACCGUCGCCGCAUCAAGGAGGAUGAGAUCGCCAUCCGGGCUGCCUACUUGGAGCGCCAGAACAUCGAGCUGUUGUGCCAGAUCGAUGCCCUGAAAGCCCAACUGGCCGCGUUCACCUCGGCCAAAGUGUCCACCGCCUAAAAGUCCAUUCCUCUCUUGAUGCGUUGAACGCGAAGAUCUGAAUUGUAGAGCCUGUUUUUGGGGGAGCUUAUCUGUGAAUAGGUUAGGGGUCGCAACUAUCUUUUUUUUGACACACUCGCAUUUAAGUACUUUAAGUCCUUGCAGUAUACGUUAUAAUUGUACAAUAUGUUAGUUUUAAGAGCACCUCGCAAUCUCACCAGUUAACUAAUCAAGCGAAUCAACUUUAGUUGUAGAAGUCCAUUAGUACUUUGUCAGUAAGUGAAUUUUUUUCAUAACUCUAAGAAAUCCCAUAAAAAAUAAAUUUCGCAAAAAUUA